CAGUGAGCCUCACCAUGCAGACACCCGACAUGUCGCACCUGACGGCCGCCGACUACGACCGCGUGUACGAACCGGCCGAGGACAGCUUCCUGCUGCUGGACGCGCUGGAGGCCGACCUGGCGUGGCUGCGCGCGCGCGGACCGCAGGUGGCGCUCGAGCUGGGCUGCGGCUCGGGCGUGGUGGUGACGGCGCUGGCCGCCGCGCUGCCCACCUGCCUCUGCUUCGGCUCCGACCUGAGCGCGAACGCCUGCCGCGCCACCUGGCGCACGGCGCGCCGCAGCGGCGUCACCGUGCUGCCGGUGCGCUGCGACCUGGCGCAGGCGCUGGAGCCGCGGCUGGCCGGCCGGCUUGACCUGCUGCUCUUCAACCCGCCGUACGUGGUCACCGACACGGAGGAGGUGUGCAGCAGCGGCCAGCUGGCGGCCAGCUGGGCCGGCGGCCGGCGCGGCCGCGAGGUCACCGACCGCCUGCUGCCGCAGCUGCCGCACCUGUUGGCGCCCGGCGGCCUCUUCUACCUGGUGGCCAUCCGCGAGAACGACGUGGACGACCUGGAGCGCGUCAUGCGCCGGCUCGGCUUCGGCAUGACGCUGGUGCUGAGCCGGCGCGCCGGGCCCGAGCACCUCUCCGUGCUGCGGUUCGAGCGCGUGCCCCCCGACGGCGACUGACGCCCCCACCGGGCUGUACCCUGAGUGCCGUCGCGCCCGUGGGCGGAGACCCCGGCUUUGCUCUGCAGCUGCCCCGUGCAGUAGGCCAGAUCUGUUUUGCCGUUGGAGUGAUUCGGCGUGUGGCUGCUUUGCUUGCUGCAGCUUUUUGUAUAAUGUAAGGUGCGAGGAUGCUGUUUUACAUUCGCCUUAUAUGUGCGUUUUUUCAUGCCAUGUGCCUGAUUUGUUUACCAGGACAUUCAUGGGGGAGAAUAUUAGAUACGUGGGCGUGGGUCGAUGUAUUUUGACCUAGUCAGAGAUUGAUAAUGGCAUGUAGGAAGUCUCGCUAACUUUGAAACGUAAAUGUCUGUAGCAUUUCUUGGCUCAGGAUUUUCUAGAAGACUGACAAUUACGUUUGCCCAACUGGAACAUCUGGUGAAAUACAGCUCCCGAGUAUCA